UUUUUAUUAUGUCUGGACAUAAUUUUAAUUAUUCAUUUAAACUCAGAAUUUUUUUGAGACAAUUAUUUUUUUAAACAUUUUAAAGCAAACAAGAUUGAUUCGUCUUAUUUUGUCAUCUCGAAUCACUAAAUUUUCUGCCACCUAUUGCCGAACACCUUGUAUGCAGAUUUAUUUAUCGGAACUUGUGAAUUUUUUUAAAUAUUUUGUAUAUAUUAGGCGUAGGAUACGCCCUCAUGGUCAUAUCUUAUACAACAUACAUUCAUGAACAUUCAGAGUCGGUAUCGUCGGUAUACAACCCAAACUAUCCCAGCAUAUCCCAGAUUGGAGGAUCGAGGGAGCCAAAAUAUAAAAAUUGAAGAAAAAUCCUCGGAUGUCACUGACAGUCACUGAUGUCGGGCAACGUGUCAAGUGUCAUCUCGUUGCACUUCAUCCGUCAUCGUCGAAUUUCAGGAAUAUGAUUUGAGACGGAUGUCGUGCGACGUGCGACCGACGGAAUUAGCGUGAUCCACGUACUUGUGUCUCGUGUCGUGUGUCCGUACUGUCCGUGAUUCAGGACACGUCGGCACCGCUCGGCACGUCGACGUCCCGCGAGAGACAUGUACAUCGCUGUCCUGUGAGACAUUCGCCUUCGUGACUAUUCCGUCGGGACCAAGAUGCCAGAACGAAUCGAGAUCGGUGUUAUUCCAAAUAAUUUGAGACACGAAGAGACUAUAGUUCAAAUAGCAGAAGCUCUGGAUAAUCUGGGUGAUGCUGUUUCAUAUAUAUUUGAUUGCAUUGACAGGAGACUUUCAGAGAACACCCAGAGAUUAACCAACAUUAAAGAAAGAGCUAGGAAGCUCGAGGACAGAUUACAUUAUUUACAGACUAAUUUAAAUCUGAAAGCUGUGAAAAUGUAUUCUGCCGCUAAAUAUCCGGCUAAUCACACUUAUAAAGAGUAUCAAAUGACGAUACCACAACGCGAGCGUACCACCACUAUACCGAGCGUGUACAAGUGUUCCGUGCCUAUAAAAGAUAUUCCCGAAGCAUACUUAUCAUCAAAUUGUAAGACGGAGGAUGGCCAGUACACCGCAAAUAUCAAUCUCCAAGAAAAACUCCAAUUUUAUCACGUACGAUCAAAGGCUGGCAAAAAAGAAAACCUUGAAGAUGACAUGGAGCCAUUCCCGCCGCAAUUAUCCUCAGUUAGCGCCCUUCUACUGUUCGAUAGCAUGGAUAGUCCAUACGAAAAAACGUCCUUGCGAUCGCGUCAAUCUGCUGACAAGCAGCAAAUUGAGGACGCUCCAGAUUCGAUUGUACAGCCGUGGCUUUCAUCAGAAAUGGACGCAUCUUCCAACUAUUUGUACACCCCGAUCCUUGGAGAGGUUCCUCAAAUAAAUGUACCGUUAACGCUGCCAGAUCUACCAGGCAUUGUGGAUGAUGAAAAAUUUGUGCUCGAUCUUAACUCCCAGAGUCCUAUCGCGCCGUCGUCUGCGGUCACAACGCCUACCGUUCGUUUAGAUCUACCAACGCCAAUCAGUGACGAAAGAGAUUCUCGGACAACUAUAGAUAAUGUCCCACACUUGCCUGUUCUAACUGGAGCCACGUCCGCCAUGGCAACCGUAUCAUUACCUGCACCACCGCCUCCACCACCUCCUACAACCUCCAUAAAUGCAAAUAGUGCCUCGAGCAACGAAAAAGUGAAUUUUCAACAAGUUGUGGCACCUCCUCCGCCACCACCUCCACCACCUCCGCCACCACCGCCACCAAUUGCGGAACCGACUAUGCCUAUGUCUCCUGACGAUUCGAAAAAAAAGGGUAAGACUGUGUCGAACCGUCCACCUGCGACAGCCGGAAUGGAUGAUCGUUCCAAUUUAAUGGCGGCGAUACGAGAUGCUGGUGGAAUAGGUAGGGCAAAAUUGAGGCCCACUGUACCAGACGAGAAAAAGGACGAUCGAUGGUCCUCGGCUUCGGUCGGUGGAGAUCUGAUGGCGGAUUUACAUGCGAAACUGGCUCUAAGACGCAAAGGUAUCGCUGGUUCCACGGUAGGCGCUUUAGAAAGAAUGUCGAAUUUGAUACCGCCACCCCCAAAACCGAAUGAAGCGUCUGCGUCAGACAGAAAUUCCGCCACCAGUGAAUAUGACUCUCAACCAGAUACAGACGAUUGGGAAGAGUGAUUACUGCUAUUUUGAUAAUUGAUAGAACGGUGUACCAUUGAACAACUAUUGUGUAACAAACGAAAAAUCAUGACAAAUAGCUUAAACUAAUCAGCAUCUGCGUGAAGACUCAGGGGAAUUUUUUUUAUUGGAUAAAUCCAACGAAAUAGGAGGAUAGAAUCGUGAUACGCAAAUCUAGUUAUUUUUUUAUUCGACAGAGAUCUGAAAACUUCCAUUUUAAAUUCACUUUUAUCCCAUAGCUACUAAUCAUGCUUUUUUUCUGCAAGAGAAUAAUUAGUAUGAAAUCUGUAUUGAACAUAUAAUUUUGAUAAUAUUACACUAAUUUGAGCAAAGUAAUGUUACAUAUUUAUGUGAAUAAAUUAUAAAUUAUAUCUUCUUUCAUAAGAAUGAUAAGAGGAAUUGUUAUAAAAGAAUAAGUAACAGAAAUAGAAAAUUUUAUUUUGUGCGUUAAUACAUUUUUUCAGAAAAUUAUUUAAUUAUUUAUUUACAUUUAUAUUGUUCUUAAAAGUCUUGUACAGAAGAUUGCAAAGUUUUUUUUUAUACAUAAAGUAUAUUACAAAGCUGAUAAAAUUCAAUAAAAUCCUGAUUGUAUAUUUCCUAAUAUGCAAUAUAAUGUACAAUAUAUAAUACGAAUGUAAUUAAUGUAUAUAUACUGUUACGUUAAUAAAAUUUUAUAUUCACACU